AUGUCUUUCACAAAAGAAUUGAAAGUCACAGACGCCGCCUAUCCAAGACAUCCUGGAGGAAGUUUACUUGUUGGUCAGAGACUCAAGAUUUGUUAUAACAAGUACACAGCCAACUACGCUAUUCCAGAGAACCAAAUAGCCAUCAACUUGAUUUUCGCUCAUGGUACCGGCAUGAACAAAUCUCUUUGGAAUUACCAUAUUACCAAGCUUUUUGAGAUUGGUGCCAAGUCCAGCACAUGGAAGUUGGCUACGGUGGUUUCUGUAGAUGCCGUGAACCACGGAGACUCGGCAAUUGCCAACCAAGGCAAGCUUGGGUGGAGUUACCAUUGGCCGGACUUUGGCCGUGAUAUUGUUCUGGUAGUUAAGCACGAACAAAAGUUGUGGGCACAGACACUUGAAAACGGUAUAAGUACCCGAAACAUUGUUAUUGGCCAUUCUUUUGGAGGUUAUGGUGCGGCUUACGCUUCGUUUCUUGAGCCUCAAUUAUUCGAUUCUUUGGUGUUAAUUGAGCCGGUAGUCUACUACAAUCCAGACCCCAAAUACCAGACCAAGUAUGCUGCAAUUUUCAGAAAGAUAGCCACCAUGCUCCUAGACACUUUUGACAGCAUGGAGGACUAUGAAACUUUUUUCAAAAAAUUUUCGUUUUAUAUGAACUUUCAUCCUUCGGUGCUAAAGGACUUGAUGGACGAUGAGCUCUAUACCGUGAUAGACCCUGAAAGUGGAGAAACAAAGUACAAAACCAAAACCUCGGUUGAGUCUCAGGUGAGCGUUUAUGUGAGUAGUGCGAUCUCUUUGCAAGGAAUUGACAAAGUUUUGCAACAGAUCCCAAUCCCUCUGACCCAUAUUGUUGGAGCCGCUGCUAAAUGGAACCCGCCAGAAAGUGUACCAAGUAUCAGAAAGAAUCUUGGUAAUUUGUGGAAAACGUAUGAUAUUGAAAAAGGUGAGCACUUGGUCAACGGUGAGCUUCCAGACGAAACAGUCGGUGCUAUAGCUGAGCAUAUCAGUGGACGAGUUGACGCUGUUAUUAGAAACAAGGACUACAUUCCUGAUUUGCAAUACAAUCAUGAUCCAAAGAAGGUUUUUGAGGCGCAAUACGCUAAGGUUUUAGACGGCCAAAUUGCCGAAAGUACAACAUUCGAGGCACCUGUUCGCGGAAAGCUUUAA